GUCUGUGUGCCCCUUUCCUUCUUCUUCUUCGUCGUCUUCGCUCUGUCGGAACGCGAGAUUGCAGUCGGUCAAUCUGAGGGCCGAAAGAAGCAAGACUAGAAGCGGCUCAGGAGGAGGAAGGACGCGGAAGAGAGAUGAUUCACUUCGUACUUCUAAUUAGUCGACAAGGAAAGGUUAGAUUGACAAAAUGGUAUUCUCCUUAUUCACAGAAGGAAAGAACCAAGGUCAUUCGAGAGCUUAGUGGGUUGAUACUUGCACGAGGCCCAAAGCUUUGCAACUUUGUUGAAUGGAGAGGAUAUAAGGUUGUCUAUAGAAGAUAUGCCAGUCUUUACUUCUGCAUGUGCAUCGAUGCAGAUGACAACGAAUUAGAAAUUCUUGAAAUUAUCCAUCAUUUUGUUGAGAUACUGGACAGAUACUUUGGCAGUGUUUGCGAGCUGGAUUUGAUAUUCAACUUUCAUAAGGCAUACUACAUACUGGAUGAAAUUCUCAUUGCCGGGGAACUCCAAGAGUCAAGCAAGAAGACCGUUGCUCGGCUUAUAGCUGCACAAGACUCACUGGUGGAAGCUGCAAAGGAGCAAGCAAGUUCUGUAAGCAAUAUGAUUGCACAGGUCACCAAAUAGGGUUCCUCUAGUUUCUGUAUCACAAUUCCCUUCAAACUUGUUGAUCUCAUCUCAUCUCAUCGGGACUGUAAUUUUCCCACCAACUGUUUGUUCACAGACGUCGUUGAUAUGAUCAGUCUUUCUUGCUUGA